AUGUCGUCGUUCGCCGGCGUGUCGGUCGUCGACGGCGUCGAUCUGUGCCCCCCUUGCGCCGGGUCGGCCUGCGAAACCAGCGCGGACUGCGGGUACCACCUGCUCGUGGUCCAGGACUACUCGCGCGCCAAGGAGAAGGCGCCUACCGGGGAGAGCAUCAUCUCCCGGCCCUUCAGGGUCGGAUGCCACACGUGGCAGAUCGAGCUCUUCCCCAACGGCGACAACCCGAGCUGCGCCGACUUCGUCUCUCUCUACGUCUGCCGUCUCGACGACUAUCUCAACAAUGCCGUGGAUGCCAAGUUCAGUCUCAGUUUCGUCGACCAGGCCGAGAAGCAGAAGCCGGUGUACAUUCUUGGGACCGAGACGUGCAGCUUCCCCCAUGGCGGUUCCCGAGGCCACCGCAAGUUCAUGAGGAAAGACGCCCUUGAACGGUCGGAGAAUAUGCGGCGUGAUGGUUUCACCGUCCGCUGCGACAUCAUGAUCUGCUGCGAGGAGGAUGAUGCCAGUGGCACCGGCCCGCCUCGCUACAUAUGCCAGCAUUUUAGCACUCUCCUUGAGAGUAAGGUGGGUGCUGAUGUGACAUUCGAGGUCAGCGGCGAGACAUUCGCUGCGCACCGGUGCGUGCUUGCUGCCCGGUCGACGGUCUUCAUGGCGCAGCUCUUUGGCCCCAUGAAGGAGGGCACCACGUCCAGUGUCAUACGGAUCGAAGACAUGGAGGCAAAAGUGUUCAGGGCUUUGCUUAGGUUCAUCUACACAGAUUCAUUCCCUGAGAUGGAGAAGGAAUGCGUGCGGGAGGAAGCACAAGAUGUGGAACAAGGACAAGAAGAGGAUGAAAUGCAUCUGCAAUGGCUGCGAGGCUUAUUUACGGCGGCAGACAGAUAUGACCUCCAACACCUCAAGUUCAUCUGUGAAAAGCGGUUGUCUGAGGACAUAGGUGUGAGUUCGGUGGCGUCCACUCUUGUUCUGGCCGAGCAGCACGACUGCAGCGGGUUGAAGAUGGCGUGCUUCAAGUUUAUUCAAGCUCAACCUUCCUCCUGUUUGAAAAGGGUAAUGUCAACUAAUGGCUGGGGGCAUUUAAUGACGACUUACCCCUCUAUUUUGAAUGAGGUCAUUGCCAAGCUUGCUUCGAAAAAGCGUAAGAAGCACUCUACAUAG